AUGAACCUCUUCAAGCCAGCACAUCUGACCAGGACUCCGACCUCAACCAUCCUAUUAUUACUUCUAGCCAAGCCACGCCCAGCUUCCAUCAACCCACGCCAACAACUCGCUCACCCGCUCUCCAGCUAUCUAGGAACACGCCAACAGAACUACGACAAGGGCAUGAUGACAGAUUCAAAGUUGCCCAAAACUGAAGAAGAAUGGAGACUCAAAUUGGACCCUGAACAAUUUAGAAUACUAAGAAAAAAAGGCACCGAGAUGGCUGGUACAGGCGAAUAUAAUAAGCACCAGCCUGACCAUGGGAUUUAUGAGUGCGCUGGAUGUGCUGCCCCACUAUAUCGAUAUGACCACAAGUUUGAGAGUGGAUGCGGAUGGCCUGCUUUCUUUGACGCGUUUCCAGGAGCGGUCAGUCGACACGAAGACAGAAGUUUCGGUAGAGUCCGAACCGAAAUCACCUGCACCAAUUGUGGCGGUCAUCUGGGGCACGUCUUCAAGGGCGAAGGGUAUGGCCACCCAACUGAUGAAAGACAUUGCGUGAACUCGAUCAGUAUCAAAUUCAACGAAUCGAAGCCUGCGGACGACAAGAUGAAUCCGAAGUAUUGA